AUGCGUGUCCUCACCCUCGCGUCUUUGGCUACAGCCGCCCUCGCUGCUGAAGUCACAAUCGAUGUAACCCGUGCCGUCGAGUGCGACCGCAAGACCAAGGUCGGCGACAAGAUCUCCGUCCAUUACAGAGGUACUCUGCAGUCUGAUGGCUCUGAAUUCGACGCCAGCUACAACCGGGGUACCCCACUCGACUUCACCGUUGGCAGGGGACAGGUUAUCAAGGGAUGGGAUGAUAACCUCCUGGACAUGUGCAUUGGCGAGAAGAGAACUCUUACCAUCCCCCCCGAGUUUGGCUACGGAAACAGUGCUCAAGGACCAAUCCCCGCUGGCAGCACACUGAUCUUCGAAACCGAGUUGAUGGCCAUCGCGGGCGUCAAGGCUCCAGAGAAAAUUGUUGAAAAGCCGGUCGCUAGCAAGGCUACUGAAGGUAUUAAGGCUGCCGUGGAGAGCAAGAUAGCUGAGGCUGCCGAGGCCGUCAAGGUUGUUAUCUCCGAUACUGACCAAGAUGGACAGGAGCACAACGAGUUGUAG